AAUAUAUUUGACAUUCCCUUUUGCAAAUCAUUCGCCAUCGCAAUGGUUCUUGAAUCUCUGGAAGAAAUCCCGAAAAUAAUUCAAAAUUCCGCUGAUAUUUUAAAAAAGUACACUCCAGCUACAUUGCCAGUAGAAUAUAUCAAUGUCAACUACCAGGAGGACACUCUUCAGGAUGAUUCACAACACAUGCAGCUAAAAUGUUCCAACCUACCGUAUCCAUUCUCUGCAACUCCUGUAAUCUGCGGUCAGAUUAAAGAUGCACAAAUUCUCUACGAUGGACCAAUAGGAUCGAAAAUAUUCAUAGAACUUACAAUAGACUAUGGCAAUGAAAUUGAUUAUCGAUUUAAUCCAGGUGACACUAUUGGAAUUCUAGUUUCGAAUUCUGUUAACGAUAUUGAGAAGGUUCUUAGUAAAAUUCUAUCAGUUGACACUCCAGAGGCUAUCUGUGAUAUUUCUAUUAAAAAUGGAACAGCAAAAAAGAAUCCAAAACUUCCUCAGCAUGUUCCAAUACAAUCAUCUCCACGAGCUAUUCUUCGUGAUUGUCUGGACUUGAGAAGUGUGCCUAAGAAACUAUUCCUUCGUUCUUUGGCUGAAUACACAGCUGACAAAGAUGAAAAGAGUGUCUUAUUGAUGUUGUCUUCCAAAGAAGGUACAAAACUUUACAAUGAGUUGAUUCUCGAGAAAACACGAACUUUUCUCGACAUUUUAGACUUAUUUCCAAGUUGUAUUCCUACACUUUCACUUCUCAUUGAACAUUUACCGCGACUCAAACCACGACCCUAUUCUAUAGCCAAUAGCCCUUUGUCAGAUCCAAGUAAAGUCAAAUUGAUACUUUCAGUUCUCAUUGAGAAUUCAGGAGUAGCAACUUCUUUUCUAACUGAAAAAGUAACUAGUUUCCUUGAGAACCCUGAAAAAACUCAACAACUUAGUUUCUAUUUCCGAGAAUCAAAUCAAUUUAGAUUUGAUUAUGAAAAAGAUAGCAUAUUGAUUGGAAUUGGUUGUGGGAUUUCUCCAUUUCUAGGAUUUCUUGAACACAAAGAUGAGUUGAUGAAAGAAAAGACAACUAAACUUGGAUCGACUUGGCUAUUUGUUGGUUCAACUUGUCAAGACAGUGCAGUUCAUAGAGACGAACUGUUGGACUAUCAGAUUACAGGUGUCUUGGAUCACUUGUAUGAGAGUUUCUCAAGAGAUCCUGAUCCAGAAUGUGGAGAAUUUAAGCAUGUUCAAGAUCAAUUGAGGAUUAAUGCUUUGGAAGUUGUUGAGCAAUUGACUAAAAAAGAUACGAAUUUGUAUGUUUGUGCUGAUGGAACGAAGAUCUCGAAAAGUAUAGAGGAAUGUAUCAAAGAGUGUCUAAUGAUGAGUUUAGAAUGCUCAGAUGAAGAAGCGAUAUUGGUUAUUAAAGAGAUGCGUUCAGCUGGAAGGUAUAAGGAAGAUAUUUGGGUUUAAAAUGACAGUUCUCAUGUUUGACCACUGCAAUAAAGAAAAGUGAUAAAAUUUG